UGUCCUCAUUGUUCGGAAGUUGUAGAAACAAAAUCACUCUGGAAAGUUAUUAAUGAGUAUGAGACUGUAUCUACUCUUAGCUAUAUUUGUUUAUGGAAGUUUUCUUUUUGAUUUGUCGUAUAGUUGGCUAUACCAGCGACCAACAACUUGGAACGAAUGCAAGGUAUCGCAAUGGAGCGAUUGGAGCAAAUGCAGCGGCGGAUGUUCAGGGGGUAAGUCAACGAGAAAUCGCAAAGUUGUGUCGUCUGGAAACAAGUAUGUUGACAUGAGAUGCUCACAACCACAACUCGGGGAAACAAAAAACUGUCCUGCAUUUCCAUGUCCCAUAGAUUGUGUUUGGAUGCCAUGGUCGUCCUGGACAGACUGUGAUCCUUGUCGUGGAGGAAGAAAAUCUCGCACGAGAAAGGUUGCCCAGCCUGCCAUGUUUGGCGGUCUUGCUUGUAAAGGGAGUGAAUUCUCAAUAUCUUCCUGUUUAACUUUUCGAGCUUGCCAUGCAAUGCUACAUGGCUGUUCAAGCGUGGGCAUGUUCGAAUGUGGGAGUAAAGACGAAUGUAUCAAAGAGCAUUUUGUUUGUAACGGAGAUGUCGAUUGUAGAGAUCGAUCUGAUGAAUACAAGUGUGAAGAGACUAAAGAUGUUUGCCUUGGAAUAAGUUAUGAUACUUUGCCAAAUGGAUACAUAAUGGGAGCGGGAUAUGACAUAAUGCGAGACUCCGUCAGCGGACAAGUUUUAGACAAUAAAAGAUAUGAAGGAGCCUGUGAAACUAUAUAUAUUCCAGAAGUAUUUAAAGAAUUUAGAAAACCUUACAAUUUACAAAUGUAUAGAAGCUAUGUUGAAACACACACCACCUUAAAUUCGUACGUUUACGAAGAUACUAUUUCACUAAGUAAGUCUAUGGAGUCAGAAUUUGAAUAUAGUGUAGAUGCACAACCAUCCAUUUUUUCAUCUUUAAGUUUGGGUUCAAAUGCGGCAAGAUCCAGUGAUAGAUUGUGGAAGAAAAUUGUUGAUUCAAAUGCACGAGAUGAUUAUAGUUACGUAAAAAUACAAAGCAAAAUUCAACUUGGGCAUUUUAAGACAAGACGGGGUGACAUCAAAGUAUCCCAUUAUUUUUUGCAACGUGUCAAAAAGUUACCAAGGAACUACGAUCCUGCUGUAUAUUCGCACUUUUUAAGUGAUUUUGGGACACACUAUUUUACCGAGGGAAAAUUAGGUGGUGUCUACAGUGUGUUUUAUCAAUUCAAAUCACAUGAUUUGGAAAGUACUGAUACUCGCAAUAACAAGAUUGGAAAUUGUUUGGCAAUGGAAGCAUUUAAUAAAAUGGUAUCAGAUGUAAACACAACGUUUGUACCUACUGCAUGUGCACAGGAAGAUGAUACUGCAUUAGAUGUCGACACAUUUAUUCACAAAGCCACAGACUCUAUUGCUUCUGUUCAUGGUGGUUACUCUUUUGCAGCCGCAGAACUAGCUUACGUUGGAAAGAACGCACUCAAACAAAUUUACAAACGAUGGGCGGACACAGUUCCACACAAUCCGAAAAUAUUCGACUUCAAAAUUGCUCCAAUAUCUGAAUUAAUUGAAGACUUUGAAAUAAGACAAAAUAUUGAUAAAGCGUUACAAGACGUCUACACCAAGUUUGACCCCCGUCGUUGUACUCACGGUAACUGUGAGAACGGGGGUCAAUUUGUAGUAACUAAUAAGGGAAGAGAAUGUAAAUGCAUAUGUAGAUCUCCAUAUUACGGCGAAAGUUGCGAAAGAAAAUCAAUUCGAUUUGUACAUAAAAACGACUAGGCGUUUUUUGCAAUCGUACUGUUUUCGAUUCUACCUAGACUGCCAUCUCCAAGCCCGCAUGAUGAUUUCAUUACUUUACUAGCAAUUGGUUUUGUAAUAUCGAGUAGGAAAUGGUCUGAUGUGCAAUAUUCUAUUUUGAUUCACAAUCUAGGUGAAUAACAUACGUGUUUAUAGUUGUAUAGAUAAUCUAAUCAUAUUAUACCUUCAAACUUUUUGACAUCGUGUUCUCAUUUCUAUUUGACUUACUUGAUUGACAAUUGACCGUUAUUUCAGCAG